CGACCACGCGCACACACGCGCAACGCGCUUCGUCGCGCCCUUUACGUAACGCGCGACUGUCGCGCGCUAUCCAAACUCGGCGUCGCAAACGGAUAAGGUUUGGAGUGAUAAGUGUGCUUCGUUUUGGCUUUCGUCGCUUCUGGCUUUAUUUCGUAAGGAGCUGGAGCGUGGCGGGCCGGCGGUGGGCCGCUAGGCGGUAAGACGCAGAUGCACGCGCGCCGACGCUGCAGUGAGGAGCGCGCGCGCAUUGCUCGCGACGCGGCCACCACCCGGCGCGCCCUCUGAACCACAACGCGCCUAGGAUUAUUAUACGGUCGGACAUGAAAAAUCUCGCUCGUUUGCUGGCUGUCCCUAUCAGCGAUUACGUGGUAACUUUCAUCUCACUGGCAGCCGCGACCACACUGCUCUCGUGGACGACAGAAGGGCGUUCGGCCCGCAGGUGGCUGGCGGAGGAUCGCGGGCGCAGGGAGAGGUGUCGCUCGCGCUUCCCCUACCAUACACACCCGCCCAUUCACUGUUAGCAGUAGGCAGUUCACUCAGUGGGAGUUCGAUAGACAAUGUCCGAAGACUUGGACUCGAUCAGCGAGGAAGAACAAAGUUUGUUCCGACCUUUCACUAGAGAGUCAUUGGCCGUUAUCGAAGCCCGCAUAGCUGAGGAGCAUGCCAAGCAAAAAGAACUCGAAAAGAAACGAGCUGAAGGCGAGACCGAUUUGGGGCGGACGAAAAAGAAAAAAGAAGUGCGUUACGAUGACGAGGACGAAGACGAAGGUCCUCAACCGGACGCGACCCUCGAGCAGGGUCUACCCCUGCCCGUACGGAUGCAGGGAUCCUUCCCCGCUGAACUUUCCUCCACGCCUCUCGAAGACAUUGAUCCAUUCUACCACAAUCAAACCACAUUCGUAGUCAUAAGCAAGGGUAGAGAUAUCUUCAGAUUUUCGGCGACAGAUGCGUUAUGGAUGCUGGAUCCGUUCAACCCGAUAAGAAGGGUCGCUAUAUAUAUACUUGUACACCCUCUUUUCUCUCUGUUCAUCAUAACAACGAUCCUUGUCAAUUGUAUCUUAAUGAUAAUGCCGACCACUCCAACCGUCGAAAGUACUGAAGUUAUCUUUACCGGAAUCUACACGUUUGAAUCGGCGGUGAAAGUAAUGGCCAGGGGUUUCAUUCUACAGCCAUUCACAUACCUUAGAGAUGCAUGGAAUUGGCUUGACUUCGUAGUUAUAGCUUUAGCUUAUGUGACGAUGGGCAUAGAUCUUGGCAACUUGGCCGCUCUUAGAACGUUCAGAGUUCUCCGAGCGCUGAAGACUGUGGCCAUCGUACCGGGGUUGAAGACUAUCGUUGGUGCUGUCAUAGAGUCUGUGAAAAAUCUUCGCGAUGUGAUUAUUUUGACAAUGUUCUCCCUAUCUGUAUUUGCGUUAAUGGGACUACAAAUCUACAUGGGAGUAUUAACGCAGAAAUGUGUAAAGGUAUUCCCCGAAGACGGCAGUUGGGGAAACUUGACUGAUGAGAACUGGGAGAGAUUUUGUCAAAACGAAACGAACUGGUAUAGUGAAAAUGACGACUAUCCAUUAUGCGGGAACUCAUCAGGAGCAGGAACAUGUGAACCAGGCUACAUAUGUUUACAAGGGUACGGACCAAACCCAAACUACGGCUACACGAGUUUCGACACGUUCGGUUGGGCGUUUCUAUCAGCUUUCAGAUUGAUGACGCAAGAUUACUGGGAAAAUUUAUAUCAACUGGUUCUAAGGUCUGCUGGUUCAUGGCACGUGCUGUUCUUCGUUGUGAUCAUUUUCCUCGGGUCUUUCUAUCUCGUCAACUUGAUCUUGGCCAUCGUCGCCAUGUCAUACGACGAGUUGCAGAAGAAAGCAGAAGAGGAAGAGCAGGCUGAAGAAGAAGCACUAAGGGAAGCGGAACAAAAGGCAGCGGCUCGAGCUGAUAAGCAAGAAGCGAGGGAACAACACGCUCGCGAGCAAGCCGCCGCGGCGGAAGCAGCCGCAUACGCCGAAGCGCAUCCUGCCAAAUCUCCCAGUGACUUUUCCUGCCAGAGCUACGAGUUGUUCGUGAACCAGGAGAGGGGCAAUCAGGAUGACAAUACGAGGGAACGCAUGUCCCUUCGUAGCGACCCCUUCCAGGAUUCGGUGAGCACUCAGCCCACGCACAAGCCUGCCAACGACACCCACCACGACACUGCACGCCGGCAGAGGAAGGUCAGCAUGGCUUCUUUGUCACUACCUGGAUCACCAUUCAAUUUGCGACGUGGUUCCCGAGGAUCUCAUCAAAUGGCGUUAAGACCGAAUGGAAGGAAUAGGUAUCCACCGGGAGCCGAUCGGAAACCACUUGUUUUAUCAACAUACUUGGAUGCACAGGAACAUCUGCCUUAUGCUGAUGACUCAAAUGCAGUUACACCUAUGUCUGAGGAGAACGGAGCUAUUAUAAUACCAGUCUACUAUGCGAACUUGGGAUCAAGACAUUCCUCCUAUACAUCACACCAGUCUAGGCUAUCAUAUACGUCGCACGGCGAUCUCUUAGGGGGAAAAGCUCAAACCAAGGAAGCCAAACUUAGAGGGCGAUCAGCGUCCAGAAACCACAGCAUUACUUCCCAACCUCACGCCUACGCGCUGCCCAGACAAGAGUCGUCGCUGGUAUCUCGACCAUUAAGAGAAUAUGAAGUUAGUACAACAGAAUGUACUGACGAGGCUGGAAAAGUUCUGAAACAGUCGAAUGAUAAUCCGUUCAUUGAGUCAUCGCAGCAGCCAAAUGUCGUUGAUAUGAGAGAUGUUAUGGUACUAAAUGAAAUAAUUGAACAAGCUGGAAGGCAAAGUAGAGCGAGUGAGCAAAAUGUGUCAGUAUACUACUUCUCAACAGCUGAAGAUGACGAUGAAGGGCCCACCUUCAAGGAGAGACUCCUGGAGUGGCUCAUGAAAGGGAUAGACUUCUUCUGUGUGUGGGAUUGCUGCUGGCUAUGGCUCGAGUUUCAGAAAUACGUCGCUCUUUUGGUGUUCGAUCCAUUUGUAGAACUGUUCAUCACGUUGUGUAUCGUAGUCAAUACUCUGUUUAUGGCACUGGAUCAUCACGACAUGGACAAAGAUAUGGAAAGAGCGUUGAAAAGUGGUAAUUAUUUUUUCACUGCUACAUUCGGUAUUGAAGCGAUGCUAAAAUUAAUAGCAAUGAGUCCCAAAUAUUACUUUCAAGAAGGAUGGAACAUAUUUGACUUUAUCAUUGUGGCCUUAUCAUUAUUGGAAUUAGGACUGGAAGGAGUUCAGGGUUUGUCAGUAUUGCGUUCAUUCCGAUUGCUUCGAGUAUUCAAAUUGGCAAAGUCAUGGCCGACUCUUAAUUUACUCAUCUCUAUAAUGGGUAGGACGAUGGGUGCCUUGGGCAACCUGACCUUCGUAUUGUGCAUCAUUAUUUUCAUAUUUGCCGUGAUGGGUAUGCAACUAUUCGGGAAAAAUUAUGUGGAUUACGUAGACCGUUUUCCUGGUGGAGAGCUCCCAAGGUGGAACUUCACGGAUUUCAUGCACAGUUUCAUGAUAGUAUUCCGAGUUUUAUGUGGAGAAUGGAUAGAGAGUAUGUGGGAUUGCAUGCUGGUUGGAGAUGUUUCUUGUAUACCUUUCUUCUUGGCAACGGUCGUUAUUGGCAAUCUUGUGGUACUCAACCUCUUCUUGGCCCUGUUACUGUCAAAUUUUGGUUCCUCGAGUCUAUCGACGCCAACAGCCGAUCAGGACACGAACAAAAUCGCGGAGGCUUUUAAUAGAAUAUCCCGAUUCAUUGAUUGGGUCAAAAAAAACGCAGCCGAUGUUUUAAAAAUAGUCAAAAGCAAAUUGACAAAUCAGAUUGCAAUCCACGCUCCAGGCUUAAAAGCGGCAUUAUGUGCCCGCUGUGUUUCUUCAGAACGAGUCGACAAUGAACUGGAAUUGGGUGCCGAUAUCGAAGAUGGUGUUUUAUUCAAAGACAAGAAACUAAAAGAUCAAGUGGAGGUAGCUAUAGGUGACGGAAUGGAAUUUACGAUACCAGGCGACAAUAAAUAUAAAAAAGGAAAUAUAUUGUUGAAUAAUAUCAAUGCUAUAACGGAUAAUCAUACUGACAAUCGAAUAAACUGUGAAAUAAAUCAUCAUGGUUAUCCGAUACAGGUCUCUACUUUCUUAUUAAACCAAAAUUUAUACAAUGUGUACCCGAUUAUAUUCCAAAUAUUGAAUUUUCAGGAUGAUGAUACAAUUAGUCAAAAAUCUUACGGAAGUCAUAAAAUAAGAUCAUUUAAAGACGAAAGUCAUAAAGGAUCUGCGGAUACGAUAGAUGGAGAAGAAAAGAAAGACGCUAGUAAAGAAGAAUUAGGUUUAGAAGAAGAAAUGAUUGAAGAAGAGGAGGAUGGAAAACUGGAUGGCUUAGCAAAAAUAGAUAUAAAGGUGGCCGCAGACGAGGAUGUAGUAGACCUCACACCAGCGGACUGUUGUCCAGAACCUUGCUAUGCGCGCUUCCCUUUCUUAGCCGGAGAUGACGAGUCUCCAUUUUGGCAAGGCUGGGCCACUCUUAGACUGAAAACCUUCCGAUUAAUAGAAAAUACCUAUUUCGAAACGGCUGUGAUAACAAUGAUUUUACUUAGUAGUUUGGCAUUGGCGUUAGAAGAUGUCCAUCUACCACAUCGACCAAUUCUUCAAGACAUCUUAUAUUACAUGGAUCGUAUAUUCACAGUAAUAUUCUUUAUUGAGAUGUUAAUCAAAUGGUUAGCUCUCGGAUUUCAGAAGUACUUCACCAACGCCUGGUGCUGGCUCGAUUUCAUUAUUGUCAUGGUGUCGCUUAUAAACUUCGUUGCGGCGCUUUGUGGCGCCGGAGGCAUUCAAGCAUUCAAAACGAUGAGAACUCUCCGAGCCCUUCGACCACUCAGGGCUAUGAGCCGCAUGCAGGGCAUGAGGGUUGUUGUAAACGCGUUAGUACAAGCCAUUCCAUCCAUCUUCAACGUACUGCUCGUCUGUCUUAUCUUCUGGCUAAUUUUCGCUAUUAUGGGAGUUCAACUGUUUGCUGGAAAAUAUUUUAAGUGUGUCGACAUGAACCAUACAACACUGAGCCAUGAAAUAAUUCCCGAUCGUAACGCGUGCAUUUUGGAAAAUUACACUUGGGAAAAUUCACCGAUGAAUUUCGAUCACGUCGGAAAAGCUUAUCUAUGUUUGUUCCAAGUGGCCACGUUCAAAGGGUGGAUACAAAUCAUGAAUGACGCUAUCGACUCUCGAGAGGUCGGCCGCCAACCAAUCAGAGAAACAAAUAUAUACAUGUACCUGUACUUCGUGUUCUUUAUUAUAUUUGGGUCUUUCUUUACCCUUAACCUAUUUAUAGGAGUAAUCAUUGACAACUUCAACGAACAAAAGAAAAAGGCUGGUGGAAGUCUUGAAAUGUUCAUGACUGAGGAUCAGAAGAAAUAUUACAAUGCUAUGAAAAAAAUGGGAUCCAAGAAACCGUUAAAAGCUAUCCCUAGACCAAGAUGGAGACCACAAGCGAUAGUGUUCGAGAUAGUGACGGAUAAGAAGUUCGACAUGAUUAUAAUGUUGUUCAUCGGUUUCAACAUGUUAACGAUGACAUUAGAUCACUAUCAACAAACAGAAACGUUCAGCCAGAUCCUAGAUUACCUAAAUAUGAUCUUCAUCGUUAUAUUUAGCUCAGAGUGUCUAUUGAAAAUAUUUGCAUUGCGCUAUCACUAUUUCGUUGAACCUUGGAAUCUAUUUGAUUUCGUCGUUGUCAUGUUUUCUAUUCUCAGUCUGGUGUUGAGUGACAUAAUUGAGAAAUACUUUGUAUCUCCAACUUUAUUGAGAGUAGUGAGAGUGGCAAAAGUUGGUAGAGUUUUGCGUCUCGUAAAAGGAGCUAAGGGUAUUAGAACUCUGCUAUUUGCCUUAGCGAUGUCACUACCAGCUCUUUUCAAUAUCUGUUUACUACUUUUCUUGGUCAUGUUUAUUUUUGCGAUAUUUGGAAUGUCGUUCUUUAUGCACGUUAAGAAUAAAGGGGGCCUUGAUGACGUCUACAACUUCAAGACUUUCGUGCAGAGUAUGAUCCUACUCUUCCAGAUGUCAACGUCAGCUGGCUGGGAUGGCGUUUUAGAUGGAAUAAUCAACGAAGAAGAGUGUGAUUUACCAGAUAACGAACGAGGGUAUCCCGGUAACUGUGGUUCUGCGACCAUCGGGAUCACGUACUUACUGUCUUAUUUGGUCAUAUCUUUCCUAAUCGUUAUCAACAUGUACAUUGCCGUCAUUCUCGAGAAUUACUCUCAGGCCACCGAAGACGUGCAAGAAGGUUUGACCGACGACGACUACGAUAUGUACUAUGAAAUUUGGCAAAGAUUUGAUCCGGAAGGAACUCAGUACAUCCGCUACGAACAACUGUCAGACUUCCUCGACGUCCUCGAACCGCCACUACAGAUCCACAAACCGAAUAAAUACAAAAUCAUAUCUAUGGAUAUUCCGAUCUGUCGCGGCGACAUGAUGUUCUGCGUGGACAUCCUGGACGCCCUGACCAAAGACUUCUUCGCCCGAAAGGGCAACCCUAUCGAGGAGCCCGGAGACAUCGUGGGCCGGCCGGGCGAGGUCGGAUAUGAGCCGGUGUCCUCGACGCUAUGGCGACAACGCGAGGAGUACUGCGCGAGGCUGAUCCAGCACGCUUGGCGGCGACAUCGGCGUGCGCAUUCGCCUGCAGGAGAGGGCGUGGGCGGGGACGGCUCGGGUGGCGAGGGCAGCGCAGGCGGCGCCCAGACGGCCGUGCUACUAGACUCUUCGGGCGGCAGUGCUCACCGCGUGGUGCUGCAGGGAGGCGGAGAGGCUCCCCGCCCGCCCGAGCCGGCGCCGCCGCCUGCGCCCGUCUGACCCGCGCUCGCGCUCGCGCUGCUGCCCGCGCUCAUCGACGACGAGCCCCUGCCGCUGCCCGCACCGCUGCCCGAGCUCUUGAGCCCACCCAAGCGCACUUAAUUAUUUUUUACGCUAGAUAUUUACGUAGAAACGGC